AGAUUAGUGUGAUGUUUCAUUAUGCUUAAACGUAUUUUAUGAUGGACUACAGAGCACAGCACAAAAUUGGCGGUGGGGACUAUUUCUGUUUUGUUGCACAAACGAGUAAAAAUGACUCCCCCUAGAGGUAGUAACAUUUAUUUGUCCAGCCAUAACGCGCAUGUCUACCGCUGAGUGUUGUGGGUGUCAGUAAGGAAGUAAAAUGGCGGACCUGGCAAACGAAGAGAAGCAUGCCAUAGCCCCACCAGUGUUUGUGUUCCAGAAAGAUACAGCUCAGAAGAGAUCAGUAGAAGGGUCUAGUGCGGAGGAUGGAGAAGGUAAGGAUGAGGAGGGUAACCAAGCAAGUUCUGACUCUGAUAAAGAUGAGAGUAGUUACUGUCCCCCGGCCAAGAGGGAAAGGACAUCGUCACUAACACAGUUCCCACCCGCACAUUCAGUUUCUAAGAACAAUGUGUUCAUGCCAUCCAGUUUCUGUCAGUCCCCGACAGGAAAUAAUAAUUCAGAUUCAGAACCUGAGGAGAAAACAGUUGGGUUUCGCCUGAAGCCUCCCACCCUGAUCCAUGGACAGGCUCCUAGUGCAGGUGUCCCGAGCCAGAAACCCAAGGAACUGCAGCGCAGUGUACUACGACCAGCAGUACUGCAGGCCCCUCUGGCCACCAAAUCACUAACCCAAACCGGGUUGAACAGUGGUACAAAUGGAGUGGACAGGUCAUCAGAGGGUCUACCAGUUACCCAGAACAACACAGAGAAGUGUGAUGACACGACCACGUCACAGGUUGAGCAGAGCAGUGAACAGAAAGGCUCUACAUCAGCAGAAUCAGGGGAAACCAAUUAUUUCCUACAAUACAGAAGCACUCCCAGCUUACAGAAGGCUGAGAACAAGGCUGAUGACGGGGAUAAGUUUGUGUUUGGACAGAACAUGUCGGAUCGUGUCCUGAGUCCGUUGAAAUGUGAACAAGCAGCCGAGGGCAGCGGAGAUCCCCCCACCGCCCCGCCCUGUGAGCUCCCGUCAAAAGACAGCAGCCCUGAUAAAGAUAACAAUGUGACAGGGUCUUUGGAGGAGUCGGCGGCGGCCUACACCAAAGCCACAGCCAAGAGGUGUUUGUUAGAGAAAGUAGAGGUCAGAACUGGAGAGGAGUCGGAGAGUAACGUUCUUCAGGUCCAGUGCAAGUUAUUUGUGUUUGACAAAGCCUCCCAGUCUUGGGUUGAGAGAGGCAGAGGACUGCUAAGGCUCAAUGAUAUGGCUUCCACAGAGGAGGGAUCGUUACAGUCCAGGCUGGUGAUGAGGACCCAGGGCAGUUUGCGUCUGAUCCUCAACACCAAACUGUGGCCUCAAAUGCAGACGGACAAGGCCAGCGAGAAGAGUGUCCGCAUCACAGCCAUGGACACUGAGGACCAGGGGGUCAAGGUCUUCCUCAUAUCGGCAAGCUCUAAGGACACAGGGCAGCUGUAUGCAGCGCUGCACCAUCGUAUUCUGGCCCUGCGGAGCCGCUCAGACCAAGAGCCAGAGCCCAGGGUCCCCAUCCCAGAUGGCCACAUCCCUCAUCCUCAGUCUAACGGGGAGGAUAGUGAUGAGGACGAACCGCUCACACCCACUGCCAACACUACAGAGGGUCCAGAGGCCCAGUCCUGCGGGACUGGCAGUGGGAGUGGGUCUUCAUAGCACCUGCCCCCCUUCAUCGGCUCACGCACUGCAGUCAGGACCACCUUACAGACCCCUCCAUGGACACCUCAGGCCAGCAUCUCCCCAGUGGUCUGAGGUCACAGUGGAGUGCCAGGAAGGAUCCUAUGCUGGUGUUACUAAGUUAACUCUGCAGUUCACACUCUGGAUUCACAGUUUAUCUGGGAUGGAUGGUCUUUUUUGUUUAGUAUUUGUCUUCUUUUUUUUUUUUUACCUCUAGAACUGGAUUUUGG